AGAGUUGAGCAAUAGAGGGUGUGGUUAUCUUCAACAGGGAAAACCGAUAAGCAGAGCUAGUUUCAUGGCGUUCAUUGCGGUUUUUCCACUUACAAACACAAACAGCACAUACACCUACUCCACUAAACACACCCACGUCCAACCCGACCAGACAGAGAGGAGAGAGGGAGAACUGCACGCCUGAGCGAUUCACUGCCAGCACAGAGGAAAACCAAACAACAGAGUGAGGGAACCAGGCUGUAGACAAGAACAAGAAACAGACAUGAAGGACAAAGCAAAGAGAGAUCAGAGAACUUCAGAUGCACUGACACUAACCAAUGGGAAAACAGCUGCUGGUAUGAAGCAGGAAGACGAUACAUCAUUUCCAGUGAAGAUCCAGGGGGCGGGAGUAGAACCAUUUGAGCUGCAGGUCCAUGGUUUCUGGCUGGUUCAGGAGGCUGUGAUGGCAGUGUUAGGGAGAGAAGAGGUGUGUCCUCGCUCCAACCUCUCAUUGGGUCUUUCCGGGAUGACCCUAGAUCCUCUAGCAGAGCUGCAGAGCAUUAAGAGCCUCAGACCAGGAGCCACGCUGCGCCUAGUGGAGGAGCCGUACUCCCCACGGUCUGCAAGAGUUCAUCUGGCUCGUGUGCUGGAACUUCUGAGAGCAGUAGGACCAAAUGAUGCUCUCACAGAAGGGCGAUCACCUACUGUACUAGACACAUUGACACACAGAUACUCCUCAGACUUCCCUGUCCCAUCCAAUGGGAAAAGCCUAAAGCGGUCGUCGAGCAACACAAAGGCAGAGCCAGCCAAUCCGGAUGGAGCUCUUCCUGAGUACAUCCUCCCUGGAGUGGCUGAGAGACCCCUACUGGCUAUGCUGCCUCACAAAACCCAGCCAACGGUUCCCAGUUUUCUGCAAGACCUAACGCUCAGCUGCUGGAACCCACCCCCUGGACACAGAAAAAUACAAGGGGACUUCUUGUACAUCACCGUGGCGACACUGGAGGGACGCACAUGUGACAUCACAUCCUGCCCACGAGGAUUUUUUCUGAAUAGGUCUACAGUAGAUGUGUUUGACCCUCGGCCAGCCUCUUCCUCACCAGUCUGCCACUGCCUUACUGACCUGCUCUGUCACAUCAGCCCUGGCUUCAAACAGGCCCUUUCCGCUCUCCGAGCCAGGCCCCAGCCGUCUCCAGCUGAAGUAAUGCCAACUCCCUACCGCACACUGAGCUGGCUGGGUCCCCCAUCAGCCUCCCACAGGAACACACUGAGCAGGCUGGGACUGGAUCCACAGUCUGAAGGACAGGCUCCAGACUGGAACGAGGAGCUGCAGGCAGCUAGAGAUCUGCCUCAGAGGAAUCUGGAGGAGAGACUACAGAGGGACAGAGCUCUACUGCAGGUUAACAGCGCCUUUGUGUGGGCGGUGGCCCAGGGGGCGGAGACGGUUGUAGACGGCUGUGUAGAGCCAAUCAGUGGGAGUCCUGAUGACCCAGCCUUCCUAUGGGGUGGGCUGUUCAUGAGCCAGGGAGGGGCAGGGGUGCCACUAGGGGGUGAGAGGGGACGCAGGGCGGCUCAGAGGCUGGAGCUGAGUGGCAUACAAUCCUACAGUGACCUGGAGGGGGCGCUCCAGGGCCUCCACACCCUGCCCACCGCUGUCGUGGACUACAGAGGGAUCCGCCUGUCUGCCCAGGGCCUGGCUCCUGGUCUGGAGGUCCCUGAGCAGAGCCAGGGCCCCUCUGCUCCCGCCAGGGGCGUUCUGUAUGGGGUGGGUGCAGGGCCUCAGGAAUCCCCCCACAGGCGUCAUCUUCUGGAGCUGCUAGCUCAGGCUGCUAAAGGCCUCAGCCUGCAGAGACACGCUGUAAUUGGGCCCAACGGCCACCAGGUGCCGCUGUUCACUGCACUGGAUGCUAAGGGGCUGCUGGGAGCCGAUGGGAGGUUCUACUUGCUAGACCUCUUCAGGACCUUGCCGGCGGAUGCCAACUACUGCCCUGAGGGAGGGAAACCGAGGGAGGAGGAAGAGGAGGGGAAGGACGGCUGGCCGGAGAAGUAUCAGAUCACAACAGGUCUGCCGAAGAGCUUCGCUCAUGGCCUCUGCAGGCUGAGGCCAGAGCUGCUGCAGGCCUUCAUCCAGAACAAACAGUCCCAGUUUACUCAACGCUGCAAAGAAAGAAUGGAAGAGAAUGGUGGGGUGGAGGAGUGUGUAAAAGCAGGUGACUCUCGAGGGACCGAUGCAGUGAGAGGUGCUUGUAAAGACGUGGGCUCGGUCAGUGACAUCAUCUUUGAAAUGCGCUUCAACCCUAGCGUGUUCUCCCCAGAUGUGGCGUUCCCCAAGAUUGACAGUGAGGCCAUUAGGCUGCAAGAGAGACUACUUAGAGAGGCUGCCGCCUCCAUCAUUACACAACAGAUACCUGCCUUCAUUAAGGGGUGCCUGCAGGGUAGCGAGGUCCCUCUAGAUGCUGCUACACUGAAGCAGGCUCUGCACCAAAAGGGCAUCAAUCUCCGCUAUCUCGGCCAACUGACCAAGGCCAUCAGCCAAUCAGAAAAAAAGGAACAGCUCAGACACAUAAUGAGGUUGGCAGUUGGAGAGGCUGUGGUUCGUUCAGCAAGAAGGAUCUUCAACAACUUUCUUCAGGGUGUGGAGAUGUCCAGUGUCGCUGCAGCUGUCAGUCACUUCCUCUGCUGCCUAUUAGUUGCCCAUUACAGCUCCUCCCCCUCUGGGGAGGAGCCUAAGAAGAGGUCAAGGAGACGGGGUCGUGGAGGAGCAGCUUCCGAAAAUGCGGCCUGGAGUGCAUUGACUGGAGCCGAGCUCUGGACGUUGAUAUGCCAGGACGCAGCAGAAGCCUAUGACAUCACUAAUGGCCUGGGUUCCACUGCUGACCACCUGGUAGAGACAUAUGGACUGCAGAAGGUCUCCUUGCUUAGAGAGUUCAGUUUGAAGACUGGAAUACAGCUACGACUGAGAGAGUACUUCUUCGACAACCGAACCAAGGCUCCUAUUGGUUCAGACGAUGUGCUUAACGUCUUUCCUGUGGUCAAACACAUUACCAUGACGACGCAUGAUGCCUCACGAGCAUUCCAAGCUGCUCAGAGUAGCAUUCAGAAAGGUAUGAUGGACCAAGCAUAUGAGCGUCUGAAAGAGGCAACGUACUUGUUUGGCCGCGUGUGUGACGACCUGAACCCAGAGGCCUGCUCCUGUCUCAGCCUGUUGGCCAGAGUGGCUUACCUACAAGCCCUGCCUGCAGAAGCCCGCAGUGUCCAGCUGAAAGCUGUGGUCAUCAGUGAGAGAGUCCUGGGCUUUGACCACCCCAACACUAUCCAACAGUAUGCUCGGUUGGCGGUGUACGUGUUUGCAGGAGGAGAGGCUGCUCUAGCCCAGAGGUGUCUGUUCAGAGCCCGUCUACUAAUGCUCACAGUCCACGGAGAAGACCACCCCUACACUGCAACCCUGGACAGCUGUCUAGGUUUGAUAUUACCAAGUGAACAAGCAGGGCAGUUCCUACAGAGCGCGCUCAAAAUCAACACUUCUUUCUUCGGCCCCACCAGUGUGCACACCGCUCUCAGUCAACAUCUGUUGUCCCAGUGGAUGUGUGGAGUCGGAGACUAUCGCUCCGCCAUGAAACACGAGAAAGAGGCUCUGUCUGCCUUCACCAACCUGUAUGGUGAAGACCACCCCCAGAGACGCUGUAGCUACGAAUAUUUACGUUCCAUUACCCAGCAGGCAGUGCGUGUGGAGCGUUCUCUGAGACAAGGUGGAGAUCCUCUCACAGCUGAGGGACAGUCUCUGUCCCCAUCAACUGAAACGGUUCUGGAGCAGCUGGCCCUGGUCACAGGCAUCAGGACACCAAGCCACAGUGACAGACUCCUGGAGUUCAAACAGCAGCUGAUGAAACAGAGAGAAGCAGAGAGAGCAGCAUCCAAGGCAGCUGACGCCAAAAUACACAACACAAGCAGAGAAACAGUGAACGGAGAAGCACCAGAAACCUCUGAAAGAGAGGUAGAAGAGGCUGGGGCAGUCCAGGACACCAUCAAUGUAAACCAAGAAGAACUCCCAGAAGAGGACGAUCAAGGGGAGAACACUGUCAACAAUCAGACAGUAAACAGCCAUCAACUGGCCACUGAGGGGACCAUACAGAACAACCCAGUAAUACAGAGUGGAGAGGUAGUGAAAUCCUGUGAAAGAGAUGGACAUGAACACAGAAUCUCCCCGGAGGACGCAGACCUUAUGUCUACAGAGGAAGUGGAAACCAAGCCAGUCAUAGCGUGUAUAGACGAGAGUCAGACACAAAAUGGAGGUUUGGUAUCUGAAGGAAACAAAUCAGACAGGAAGGUGGAGAUAGCCAAUGAGAAGACAGGGUCAGAUCAGGUCUGCAGUGUCAAUGGAACACUGAGCACCAAUGAGAAGACAGGGUCAGAUCAGGUCUGCAGUGUCAAUGGAACCCUGAGCACCAAUGAGAAGACAGGGUCAGAUCAGGUCUGCAGUGUCAAUGGAACACUGAGCGCCAAUGAGAAGACAGGGUCAGAUCAGGUCUGCAGUGUCAAUGGAACACUGAGCGCCAAUGAGAAGACAGGGUCAGAUCAGGUCUGCAGUGUCAAUGGAACACUGAGCACCAAUGAUGAUCAAUCAUCACAGCUUCAGGAGGUCGUUGGGGAGACCUCGAUAACCAUAUCAAAAGUAAACCUGGUCACAGCAGAGGGAAAGAUGCUAGCUAACGGAACAGUGUUGUCAGAGGGAGGAUUGAGUGAAGAACAGACCAUCCUUAAGAGGUUGGCAGAAUAAAUGACAGGAGAAGUAGUUGGAGCACAGACAGCUGGGGAGGCAGAGCUGAUGAUUCAGCUGGAUCAAAAGUCUUCCAGCAGAGUGGUAGAGGAUGAAAAGAGAAACAAUGAAAAUGAAAAGAAUAUAGAAGUAGACCACCACACCAUUCUCCUUGAUCGGGUGGAUUCUUUAUUGAUAUUGGGCGAGGGCUAGACUUUGAGGUUCUAUUUUCCACAAAACAUUUUACUCCAUUGACUAGUGUUUUUUCAUACUGCCACUCCAAGCCAAAAAACACUACACUUUAAAUGUAUUAAUUCAGAACCACUUGUAUUUUAGUAUACUAAUUUGUAGUUAGGUACUAUUCAAAAAAUUAUAAAUAUACUUACAUGUGUUUAAAUUAACCCUCUUUCUACCCUUUAGUAUACUUAUAAUACAUGAUUGGAAAUAGCAUUUUAGUACACUUAAAAUACUAACAUUAACACACUAAAGUAUAAUCAUUUCUAUGUAAAUAUUAUUACAAUAUUAUUUAGUGUACUACAGUACAACUUAAGUGGUUCCAAAAUAAUACACUAAGUAUACAUCUUAUUUGGCUUGUUGGUAUUUAAUUUAGUAACAAAUAUAUUGUUAUGACAGCUUAAAACCAAAUGCCAACACUGACUCAAUGUAUCCAAAAUAAAAUCAGUCUACUGCUA